AUGGGUAUGCUCAUUUUUCGUGGUCAGAGUUACGAUGUGCUUUCGCACAUCAAAAAGCUAGGGACACUGGAGGAACAGCUCGACGCGGUCGUAGCUCUGGUCAGUGAAGAUGUAUUUGUGAUCACGCUUCCCGGAAAUCUUAGCGAGACGUACCAGUUCCUCAUUAUCACGGAGCUGGAAUCACGUUCCGACGCGUUGACAUGGGAGCUAGUGACAAAUCAGCUCCUGCAUGAAGACAUGAAGCGCUAUGAACAAUGCGGCGAUGGGGUCACCGCAUUUAAAACGUUCAAUGCAAGCGAUAAAAAGCGCAGCGGGAGACUAAACAAGAAGGCUGAUGUGUGGAAUCACUGCAGCAAGAUGUGUCAUGAAGUCGGGGAAUGUUCACCGCGGUUCCAUGACAUUGCGGACCGGCAGCGUCCGCAGCGUGCAAAUGUGGUGUAG